AUGGCGGCUUUCUGGCAACAGUUGGCAACAUCAUAUGGCCAUAAGACCUCGGUAGACCUAGCCCGCCGACAAACCUUCAAUACGACAACCACCGCCGGCGCGAAACGAACCAUAGACGAAGUCCGCAACGCCCAAGAUGACCAACCGGAUUUGCCAAUCCACCGCCGCACUGUAUCUAACAGCGUACAAGCGCACAUUCAACUCGAACGCGCUGAGCAUCGUCCUCCCCGCCUCCAGCCAAGCCGAAUUAUCUCGCCUGUGGGAAAUGGUACUCAGGCCGACGCCCGAUCGACUGCAGCUCCUCUGGCUGCCACGAGAUCAACGCCAGGUCCGUCCCAAAAUCCGCUUCUGAGCCUCCGCCAUCCUCGGUACGCUUUGCCCGAGAGAAUGGUCGAGAACUUCGAGGCUCUGGGGGUGCGUGCCAUCUAUCCUUGGCAGUCCUCCUGUCUCCUUGGCAAAGGACUCUUGACCGGCGAGCAGAACUUGGUGUACACUGCUCCGACAGGCGGUGGCAAGUCCCUUGUGGCAGAUGUGCUUCUUCUCAAACGCGUUAUCGAGAAUCCGACGAAGAGAGCGAUCCUGGUACUCCCGUACGUUGCGCUGGUGCAAGAGAAGCUGAGAUGGCUCCGCGCGCUGGCCGAUGGUGUCUUCAAGCACAGUGAUGAGGUGACCGACGGCUCUCCCUUGCCCUCCUGGCGACGGCCGAGCACAACUAUUCGGGUCAGCGGAUUCUUUGGUGGAAGCAGAUCUAAUGUCAACUUCUCAGACUGCGAUGUAGCCCUCUGCACCAUUGAGAAGGCCAACUUGCUUGUGAACACAGCUAUUGAGGAAGGCAAACAUGGUGACAUCUGUAUGGUGGUACUUGACGAACUACACAUGAUUAAUGACGAACACCGGGGAUACCUGAUGGAGCUUCUGGCAACAAAGCUGAUGGCCUUGGAAACGUCAGACAGCAAAGUCCAAAUGGUCGGCAUGAGUGCUACCCUACCGAACCCGCAAUUGUUAGCACAAUGGCUCAAAGCAAAAUUCUACGUCGCAAAGUACCGUCCUAUACCAGUCGAGGAACAUCUCGUGUACGAAAAUGCAAUCUAUCCAACGGCGAAUGCAAAAGAGUUCUCCCGCACAGCGAGUCAAUUGACCACUAAGGACGCGAUAUCGACACCACGGCCAAAGCCUCAAAGAACAAUACAGAGAUCAACCCACCACGAAAUGGGGAACCCUCUGACCAAUGCUGUCGUGGCACUAGCAGUUGACACGGCCCUUGCAGGUCAUGGCGCUCUGGUAUUUUGCAGCAGCCGCCUGGGCUCCGAGAAAACUGCUCUCUUGAUCAGCGACGCAUUGCCUACUGAUCACGUCGACCAAGAUACGCUUGACAAACGACAAGAUCUUCUUGCUUCCUUACGGGCUCUUCCGGGCGGCUUCGAAUCUUCUUUUUCCAAGACAAUAUCCUGCGGGGUGGCCUUCCAUCAUGCAGGCCUCACCACAGAAGAGCGAGAUUUAGUAGCCGAGGCAUACGACAAAGGCGUUCUAAAGGUGAUGGUGGCCACAUGCAGUCUCGCAGCUGGCAUUAAUCUGCCUGCAAGAAGGGUGAUUCUUAACGGAGCUCGGAUGGGCAGAGAUUUGGUGGGACCGGCAAUGCUCCGACAGAUGCGAGGGCGAGCUGGGCGCAAAGGCAAAGAUGAAGUCGGAGAGACAUACCUCUGUUGUCACAAGAACGAUUUGGAGGCUGUCGCCGCGCUGCUUGAGGCAGAGCUGCCUCCGGUAGAAAGCUGCUUGACUCCGGAGAAGCAAGGAAUCACCAGAGCCCUACUCGAAAUCAUUGGCACUCGAAUGGCUUCCAGCAAGAGCUCCGUGGAUGACUAUGUUCGAUCUUCAUUGCUUUGGCGCACGAUGGAUCAUUCCCAAGUGCUGGAAAUGGUCGAAAAAGCGAUUGACGACCUCAGAGCGAAGCAAUUGAUUCAGGGAGGUCAAUAUGACGACUGCUUCGAACCGACGAAGGUGGGCAUGGCGGUUGUUGCAUCUGGACUUGGUCCCGAAGACGGAGUGUUUGUCCAUUCUGAGUUGCGCCGCGCGCUCGAAUCGUUUGUGAUGGAUGGCGAAAUGCACAUAUUCUACCUCUUCACGCCUGUCCAGACGGCGGGUCUCGCUGAGAUUUCUUGGUUGACUUUUCGGAAUCAACUGGAAGGGCUGGAUGACAGCGGCAUGAGAGCGAUGCGACUUGUGGGCGUCGAUCCUGCUUUCGUCAAUAGACUGGUGAAUAGUGGUGGUGAGCUGAAGGAGAACACCGCGGAUGAGAUCCGCUUGGCGAGGGUGUACCGGAGGACGUACUCGGCUUUUCAACUUCGCGAUCUCUGCAAUGAGAUGCCUGUGCAUGAGGUGAGUCUCAAAUACUCUGUACAUCGCGGACAAGUCCAGAAUCUGUCUCAAACUUGCCACGGAUUCGCCGCCGGCAUGAUCAAAUUCUGCGAACGAAUGGGUUGGGGGAUGCUUCGAGCUGUACAGGAACAUAUGCUCGACCGCCUUCACGCAGGAGCUCGAGAGGAUCUGCUGGAGAUGGCGCAAGUCGCCUUUGUCAAGAGUCGCAUGGCUCGCAUUUUCUGGGAGAAUGGAUUCAAGAGUAUUCGCGCUCUGAGCGAAGCGGACCCACAAGCUUUGGUGCCUGUCAUGGCGCAGGCUCAGGCAAGGAAAUUGAAGCUGCAAGGUGAGGCUGCCACUAGGUUCAUGGCGAAGCUGCUUUCAAAAGCAGAGGUUAUCGUCAGCAGUGCGAACAGGUUAUGGAUGAAGCAGCAGAUGGCACAAUGGGAGGAGGAGUAA